AUGAAUCGAGCUGCCAAGCCGUCGCACAAACCCAUGCAGCAGACGAGCCCUGCCCCUGUCACGCAGCCUACCGAUACCUAUGUGCAGCCGUUCCUCAAGGAGCUGAUUCCCGAGCUGAAGAGCUUGGAGAGCCUACGUGACGCGGAGCGGCGCAUGGACGUGUACAUCAGCAGGAAAAAAAUCGAUCUGCACCAGUCGAUUACGCAGUGGACGUACCAGAAGCAACGGGACUACUCCGAGUCGCAGUUCCUGCGUGUGUUCAUCUCCACCAUAGCGGAAAACCAGCCCUGGCAGACGAAUAGCGACGAUCUGGACCAGGGAACCUGGACGCUGCGCAUCGAGGGCCGCCUGGUGAACGAUGAGAACGUGCAGGUGCCCACGCGGCCGAAGUUCAGCACGUUUCUACAGAGCAUUGCGCUGGACUUCCACGGCCAGGACGGGCGCGCCGAGGACGGCGACGGCGACCAGCUGAUGGACGACGAGGGCGUGCCGGCCGUGAUGCCGCAGAGAAAGUACGACAUCGUGGAGUGGCACGCAGACCCCAACACGCCGGUCGAGUUCGACGGCCUCGACAUCAAGCGCCAGGGCACGGAGAACGUCGACUGCACCAUCACCAUCCAGCCCAAAGGCUACUCCGGUGACCAGCUCCAGUACUCCGACGCGCUCGCGUUCAUCAUCGGCGUCGCGCGCGGCACCGUCCACGAGGCCAUCUACUCGCUCUACAAGUACAUCCUGCUCAACGAGCUCCUCGUCGCAGACCCCAGCGGCAACGCCAAGAGCACGCAGAACGACGACAAGAUGGUCAUCAAGGUCGACGCCAUGAUCGCUAAGCUCCUGCCGCCCGCCGCAGAGCCUCGCAAGUACCUCAAGCUCACCGAGCUGCCCCAGGUCGUCAACGCCCACAUCAAGCCCAUCCCCCCCGUGCGCAUCAACUACACCAUCCAGGUCGACAAGACCUCCACCUACGGCGAACUGGUCUUCGACAUCCGCGUGCCACGUGUCCCGGUUAAGGAUCCCGAACCGGCGUCCGCCCAAAACUCCCUUGCCCAACAGGGGAUGCUGCUGCUCACAGAAUUCAACACAGUCACCAGCCAGCUCGAGCCGCAGCUGGCAACCCUCGAAAAGAAGACCCAACUGCUCUCCCUGCAGCUCAGCUCCACAGCCAACAAGUACCAAUUUUUCAAUAAGCUUGCCGACGACCCGGUUCCUAUGCUCAACGACUACAUCAAAGCCACCUCCAACGCCCUCAAGGUCCUCAGUGGCGACGACGGCUUCGAUGAGGACACCGUUAGAAGGUCCAACUUUUACCAAGAGAACGAGGCUGUUCUGUUUGAAAACUUGGGUGUCCUGCUCUCGAAUGGCAGAAUGUGA